GGCUUCUCGCCAUGUCUUCUCACAAGACUUUCAGAAUCAAGCGAUUCCUAGCCAAGAAACAAAAGCAAAAUCGUCCUAUUCCUCAGUGGAUUUGGAUGAAAACUGGUAACAAAAUCAGGUACAGUUCUAGAAGGAGACACUGGGGAAGAGGGAAGCUGGAUCUGUAA